ACGAACGAACGGCCCAGAAGCGAGCUCAAGAAGAAGAAAACCAGAAGAAGCCGAAGAGAAGAGGGAAAGGAACGAGGAGAAAGUAAAGCGAAGCGGAGAUGGGUUUAUGCUGUAGAUUUCUGGAGAUCCUGUGCGCCAUACUGCUGCCCCCUCUCGGCGUCUUCUUCCGGCACGGCUGCUGCAGUCUGGAGUUCUGCAUCUGUUUGGUCCUCACCAUCCUGGGGUACAUCCCUGGGAUGAUCUACGCCGUCUACGUGAUCGUGGCCGUCGAUCCCGACCACCAUCGCCGGGAAUACUAUGAGCCCAUCUAUCCGUAGUAGGUUAAGGGGCUUCUUCACCUUUAUACCCUCCAUUUCAUCUUGCGCUCUUUUUUUUUUCCUUCUAAAAACAUGUUUUCCAUCGAAUGCCAGUGACCUGUGAAUGCUGGAUCUCAUUAUGCUACCAUGUAUUCUCGAAUUAAUAAAAUCUUCUUUGUUAAUUUAGUCAGUGUGGUUUUUAUAAUUGGGUUUGAGUUGCGGGUACGGAUUAUGGAAUCAUCUCUCUCUCUCGAUAUUUGUGGUUGAUUGCAGCAUUAGAUGAUCUCUGAUUUAACUCUGAAUUAGUAAUUGUGUUAUAUAAUGGAAAGUUGGAAACUUUUUUAUAUAUAUAAGAUUUGGGGAAGCAGCACAAACAAUUCAAUGGUACUUUUUUCAUGAUCGCACAUGGUAACUCAGGCAUCAUGAGCUGGAAUUCAUGCACCACUAUAUCUGGGAAUUAUUUUUAUAUAUUGGAUUUGAUGAUGGAGGUGUGUGUGCCAUCAAAUAAUCAUCAUUAGCAAGCACAAAUUGAGGGCAUUUAGAUUAGUCCUUGUUGGGGGAAGCAAUUAAAGAAACGAUCCAACAUUGGAUUUGUUGUUGAUUGGAAGAGAAGCAAGAUGUCCAUAUAUAGCAUAUGGCUGAACUAAAUGAGUGCAACAACAAUAACAGUUGUAUGUCCACAAUAUUGGUACUUGAUUGAUCAACUACUAGUUAUAUUCAUGAGAAUAUAAGGUGAAUAUAAGGCAAGUGCUGGUGAAGAAUAUAAGGUGGCUUUCACGAGACUGGUAAGGUGGCUUCCUUAAGCUAGUGGAUGUCUUCACCAUCAAGAGAUGAGAUAUCAUUUGUGCAUGUAUAUGCUGAUUGAUUAAAGAUUAAAGUGAUAUGAUGUGAGUGUAGCCAAGAUUCUAACCAACAAGGAGGCAUACGGUAACGUUUUUAGAGUUAUAUGGUAUUACUAAGAUUAGAGAAGAGAAUUAAUCAGGACUACAGCUCAGCCUGUUCUAACCAAGUCUUGGGAUGUGAAAAAGAUCCUCCUUUCUCCUCAGUCAAGGGAUUAGAGAUUGAUUUUUAGUUAUGCGUCUCGAGUAUUAGAGUUAUAUUGGCAUGAUUUGUUAAAGAGAUAAGUAAGCUUGUGGCAUUCCAAAGUAUCUCCAAACCAAGAAAAUCUUGUUUCUUGACAUGAUCCUUUCCAGCGAUCCCUGUGCUAAAGCUAGAUUUGGUAGACUAUAUUAGCUAUGACAAAAUAGAAAGGCAUUAUAUUAUCUAGCUAGACCAAACAAAAUUGAUAAUUGGAUCUUAUUAGCUUGUAUUCUGAUAAAUAGGGCUGUACUCUAACAAUCAGAUCAACCUUACAGAGUAUGUGCUAGAUAUUUCCAUCCUUUUUGGAGUCUAUAAGCAAAGUGCAUUGCAAACUUCCCAUAGGGCCUGGUAGUUGCCACACGGACUUGUUUCUUUAUUUUGCCAUGCAUUUUUUAUGUUGAACUAUUAAAAUGAGGCAAUCUAUUAAAAUGAAAGCAAGGUUAAUAGUCGCCCAUUCUGAUUAACAGGCUGAAGGUAUCUCUGUAGUUCAAGAAUAUUGGUUAUAAAUUUUUUGUUGAUGGUGAGCUUUGAAAGUGCGAGUCAGCAAUCUCGGAUUUAAAUUUUGUUGAAGCACAUGCACUCAUUACAGUUAGAUGAUCUUUUAAUUCCUCAAGUGUGGAGGUACUUCAUUUUAUAAGGAAAUAGGUGUACCAUGAAGCCCCAAUAGGUUAAAAGGUAUCAGGCACUAACUUUUAGCAUGGAUAUGCAGAGACCAUUAGCUGAAGAACACCAGCAUGGAUGCAAGAGGGAUACUCUGUUACAGCAACGGAACAUAGGCAUACAUUGAUGGUACAAAGAUAGCCCAGUCCCAGAGAUUUGCUUUCAUGUCUAGGAACACCAUACAUCUAGCACAACCAGUGGCAUGAAUCUCCAACUCUUGGUAUAUUUUAGUCAUUUAUUACUUUGAUCAUCUUUGUGAAUGAAUUGUAAAUUUAGUUUCAAGCCUCGUGUCAACACUUUGUUAGUUGGGACAACCCAAGUGCAAUCCAAACGGGGCCUUCAUAGAUUUGGUUUACCAGGAGUUGAGCCUGGGAUGAUUUAGCUUUAAUCUUUCAUGGAUAACGGAAAUAGUAGUACUCUCAGACACUUGCAAUUCAAUAUAAACCAUAAAAGAAAAGGCAGCAUAAGUUAUCAAUCUACCAUCAUAUAUCCUCCACCUGCUGAAUAAUUCGAUUCAUUACUCUCCAAUUAGUAAGUGGUGCUGAUAUUGUCAUUCCACAUUCAUCAAUUUUACUGAAAAAAAUUGAAAGGAACUCGAUCAAUUAAUUUAAUAUGCUCCCUUUUUUUCUGUUCAACUACUGUAAGUAUAUUCUGAACUGAAGUAAGGGUUGAUGAUCUUUUAUUUAAAUCACUGCAACAUUAGUUUGGAAGUAUCAGAUCGAAGAAGAAGGUUGCAGAUGAUGUUACUAUGACUGAUCUCAUAGCAAAGAAUGCUUCAGCAUCGCCUUUGGCAUCCAGCUGAAUCAUUCAUAUCUGGAUCUCCCCUCUAUAUUCAAAUGAAUUUUGAUCUGAGGUCAUGGUGUAAAUAAUAUCCCCUUCUCUGAAAGGACAUUAGUAAAGCCCAUCAGAACAGUGUGAUGUUCAACCAGGCGAUGAAGAUAGCAUCAUGAUAAUCUUCAGUUUCUUUCUUAAUCAAACAACUUUGCGUCAUCUAGGUUAUCUGAGUAUGCUCUCACAAAUUAUUUUGAUUGGGAUUGUUCUUUGCCAAGCUCAUCCCUUUUCUUCUUUUUCUUUUUUUUGCACUAAAACAGAUGUAUUAUACAUUACGAGUACGGAUAUAGCAAAAAAAAAUAAAAACAUAACAGGUUCUAGAGCAGGUAACUCCCUCUCUCUCACCUAAAAAUAUCUUCAGAAUGGUUGGCCACAUAUGAGGCCAUUCAAUUCGCUAUCCCAUUGAGCUCUCUAUAUACAUGCUUUGCAUGCAAGGCCAUUCCAUCCAAAGAGCUCAUCCUUUUCUUUAAUGAUCCUAUGAUGCAACAUAAACUACUGUUAGUACUAAGAAAGAAAAGCAGUGUUCCAGCAAAAUCAUCAAGCACCAACAAAUGCAAAAAAGCCUGUAGAAGGGGAGAAAAACUCUCAAGCUCAAAAUACAGAAGUAUGACACCAACAACCCAGCUUCCAAAUUAAAUCUUAUAUUCUUUAAAUGUUUUAUGUCAUUUAAACUCAAAUUUAAUCAAUCUUGCUUGUGGAUAAACUUAUAAACUGUCCCUCUUAUGUUUGUUUCCUUUAAUUUUUCCCUCACAAUCAAACUGUGGAAAAUCAGCUUCCGUGCUAGUCUCUCCUUUCUUUUACCUGCAUUAAAGACACCCCAUUUGGCAAGGGAUGUGCAGGCUCGCAAGGGAGUACUGGCUGACUAUUGGGAGGCCUCAGGGCAAAGAGUGAAUAUUCAGAAAUUUAUUAUCUGCUUCAGUCCGAGGACGGAGUCAUGAGUGAGGUGGGAGAACAGGAGAUUUUCUAGAUGCAGGAGCAAGAGGGGCUGUGGAGCUAUCUAGGAUCUCUAUCAUGGGGAGGAGUUUGCGAAUGUCGGAGUGCUCUGAACUGGUGUAGCAGGUCCAGAACCGAUUGGAGGGCUAGAGGGCGUCAUCUUUAUCUAUGAUGGGCAAGCUGGCACUAGUCAGGUUGAUUUUGAGCUCCAUGCCAAUUUAUUUCUUGUCCGAUACUGUUGUUUGUAAGAAAGUGCUGAUAGGGAUUGAGCGGUCCCUAUUAGCACUAUUUUACUAUGAAAAAUAGUGCUGGUUAGGUGAUCGACA